GAGAGAGAGAGAGAGGAGAAAAAGAGCGAGGGAAGGGAGGGGGCAGCGUGAGUGAGUGCAGGGCUGCCGCGCAUGCGCGUUCCGCACACCCCUUCUCCGUUCGUUCGUUCGUUUGGAACCGGCUCAAACCGCUUUGUAUUUUAAAUAGAACCAUUUCUUAUCGGAGAGAGAGAGAGGGAGACACACACAAAGCAGAACGGGAGGGGGAGAAAGGAGAGGCGGGACGAGCGCUACUCAGGCGGGCCCGCCAUUGGUCAGGAUUCUCUCAUGCUUCUGAGUGGAGGGAACAAAGGGGGCGUGGUUUCCUUUCUCUAAAGGCGGGACGAGCGCUGGAGAGUGGUAGGGAUUGGCUUACAUUAUUCACUUCUUGCCUAUGAAUGGAGGUGGGGAGGGGUGGGCGUGGCUUCUCUCAAAGGGGAAAAUUGAGGCGGGACGAGGGCGUAAGGAUUGGUUCACAAUUUGGGCGUGGCUUCUCAAAAAUUAAGGCGGGACAAAGCUUGAAAAGGCGGGUCGGGAUUGGUUGAUGUUUUCCAGCCCUUGUUUUUGAAUGGAGGAGAGGGGGAGUGGGCGUGGCUUCGAGGCCACGACAGGAGGCGGUAUACCUCGAGGGGAAGAUCUCAUUCCCCGAGGGGAGGGGGGAAGGAAGGGAAGGCGGGGCGAGCAACGGAGAGGGGCGAAGGGAUUGGUUGGAAUUUUCCCAUCCUCGAACGGGAAUGGAGGAGAGGACAAAGUGGGCGGGGCUUCUCUUGCCGGCCCUUUCUCUCCCCUCCGAUAGGCGGCGAUACCGUCUCCUCAGGCGCGGAGGGAUCCGAGGCUCGCCUUGAAGGGAGGGAAGAAGAAAAAGAGGAGCGAAGAGGCUCCUUCUCUGCGUGUCCCUCCGCCCAGCCGCCUCCCCUCAGGAAUAAACUCGCUUUUAGGAGGUUUUUGCGCCCAAAACAACACUCAAAGUGUCAUGGAGGCGCACACUUCUCCCAGGCACGGUUAUAAUUCGUAAAAGAAGGCUUAUUGAUGACAGUGUUCUGGGUGGGCGGCCAUGUUGGCCCAAAGGGACUACUUUCCCUUCCUCCUCAAACAUGAGGUGAUUCUUUUCAGUCAUUUCUGAGAAGAAGAAGGAUUGGGCACCACAGCUACAACCCUGGCAUGCCUUCCAGGCCCAGCCUUCCCCUUAAGAAGUGUGAUAAUAAGGAUUGGAGGAUGGCGGACACAGACCUAUUUAUGGAAUGCGAGGAGGAGGAGUUGGAGCCGUGGCAGAAGAUCAGUGACGUGAUCGAAGACUCGGUGGUUGAGGACUACAAUUUGGUGGAUAAAACUGCUACUGUUUCUGUCAGUGUGCAGCCUGUGGCCAACCCCAUGCCUAUCGUCGCUCAUACGUCCCUUGGCAGCAACCUUCAGACGCCCACCUCGGUCAGCAGCAGCAUGCCGCCCAACAGUGACAGUGCAAAGAAGACCUUGGUGACACUCUUUGCCAACAACAGUGCGGGAACUCCUCUGGUCCAGCAAGGUGGGCAACCGCUGAUCCUCACGCAAAGCCCGGCCUCUGGUCUGAGCACGGUGGUGACGCAGCCAGUGCUCCGGCCGGUGCAGGUCAUGCAAAAUGCCAACCAUGUGACCAAUUCGCCGGUGACCAGCCAGCCCAUCUUCAUCACCACUCAGGGUUUUCCUGUACGGAACGUCCGGCCGGUCCAGAACACCAUGAAUCAAGUUGGGAUUGUCCUGAACGUCCAGCAAGGCCAGACCGUCAGGCCCAUCACUCUUGUCCCAGCCCCCGGCACCCAGUUUGUGAAGCCCGCUGUCGGGGUCCCUCAGGUGUUCUCUCAAAUGGCCCAGGUGAGACCCGGUCCGACCCUGCCGGUCCGACCGUCCUCCAAUACGUUCACGACGGUCAUUCCGGCCACCCUGACCAUCCGGAGUACGGUCCCGCAGCCCCAGGCGCCGCCGCAAAGUAAGUCCUCUCCCAGCACCUCCACCACUCCUUCAGCGCAGCCAACCGCACUGGGACACUUAACUGUACAGCAGCCAGGGCAGGCCUCCCAAGCUACUAACCCCAAAUUAGUGAGCAUAGCGAGCUUUGUCACGGUGAAAAGGCCCGGGGUGACGGGCGAGAACAAUAACGAGGUGGCCAAAUUGGUGAACACCUUGACCACGGUCCCUUCGCUGGGCCAAGGCCCGGGCCCCAUCGUGGUUUCCAAUAACAGCCCUGCGCAUGGCUCCCAGAGGGGGGGCAUCAUCUCCGAGCCUCCGUCGCAGAAAGUCGGUGCCUCAACCAUCCCCAACUUCGACCUGCAAGACAGCGGGCGGAAAGCCUGUCCUCGGUGCAAUGCCCAGUUUAGAGUCACUGAAGCUUUAAGAGGCCAUAUGUGCUACUGCUGUCCAGACAUGGUGGAAUUCCUGAAGAAAGGGAAGCCUGAGUCUGAACCAAAUAUCCAAGUCCCCAAAGCUCCUUCUCCGGAGAAAUCGGCGGGUAUGGCCUCCACGCCGUCCUGCACCCCGAUCCCUACCCUGUCACCGCCGGGCAAAAUGGCUGAUUUGAGCGACGGGGCGAGUGACGGGGCUCAGGGCAAGCUGAUCAUGCUAGUGGACGACUUCUACUACGGCAGGGACAGCGGCAAGCUCAGCCAGCUGCUCGACUUCCCCAUAGUGCCGACCUCCUUCCGCUGCCCCCAUUGCACCAAGCGGCUCAAGAACAACAUCCGGUUUAUGAACCAUAUGAAGCACCACGUCGAACUGGAUCAGCAAAACGGGGAGGUAGACGUCCACACCACUUGCCAGCACUGCUACCGGCAGUUCCCCACCCUCCUGCAUCUACAGUGCCACUUGGAGAACGUACACAGCCCCUACGAGUCGACCACAAAGUGCAAGAUCUGUGAAUGGGCCUUUGAGAGCGAGCCCAUGUUCCUGCAGCACAUGAAGGACAACCACAAGCCGGGAGAGAUGCCCUACGUCUGCCAGGUCUGUCAGUACCGUUCGUCACUCUACGCCGAUGUGGACACGCAUUUCCGGAUGGUGCACGGAGAUACGCGGCACCUCCUUUGCCCUUACUGCCUCAAGGUUUUCAAGAACGGCAACGCCUUCCAGCAACACUUCAUGCGGCACCAGAAAAAGGGAGUCUACGGCUGCAACAAAUGUCGACUGCAGUUCCUUUUCGCCAAGGACAAGAUUGAGCACAAGCUGCAGCACCACAAAACCUUCCGGAAGCCCAAGCAGCUGGAGGGGCUGAAGCCAGGCACCAAGGUGACCAUCAGGGCGUCGCGAGGGCCUCCGCGGCCGGUGCCCCUCUCUGCCAGCGACGUGCCACCGGGGCUCCUUCCGGACGCCACGCAGCUCUCGUCCUCUGCCGACUCCCAGCUCAAUUUCCCGUACCCGCCUUUCCAGAGGAACAUCCAGAAGAAGGCUGUCCGGAAAAUGAGCAUCCUGGGGAGACAGACGUGCCUGGAGUGCAGCUUCGAAAUCCCGGACUUCCCAAACCACUUCCCCACCUACGUCCACUGCUCGCUCUGUCGCUACAGUACCUGCUGCUCCCGCGCCUACGCCAACCACAUGAUCAACAACCACGUUCCUCGUAAGAGUCCGAAAUACUUGGCCUUGUUCAAAAACUACACCGCAUGUGGGGUACGGCUGGCCUGCUCUGCCUGUGUCUUUACGACGUCGGAAGGGGACGCAAUGGCCAAACACCUUGUCUUCAACCCCUCGCACGAGUUCAGCAACGUAAUCCUACGAGGAGGUCCUACUUGGGUUUCCCAAUCAAGGUCUGCUCAGUCUUUAGACCCAGACGCGAAGGCUCCAAGCUCCACAUUCCCCCCAAGCAAAGCUGAGACUGUGAACGUUCCUUCUCCUCUGCCUCUCGAGGAGGAGAAGGUGGUUGAGGUGGUCGAGGAGACUCCCGAGAAGCUGCCCGAGGAGGAUACCAAAAGACCCGCUGCUGCAGCCCUGCCGGAAGAGUGCUUGAACGUCGAGGAACCACCAGAAGAGGAGCUGCCGGCCAAAGAAGCCCCUGAAGCAGCCAGCAAAAAAGAGCAGCUCUCGGUCAAGAAGCUCCGGGUAGUUCUGUUUGCUCUGUGCUGUAACACGGAACAGGCGGCCGAACACUUCAAGAACCCCCCUCGGCGGAUCCGGCGCUGGCUGCGGCGGUUCCAGGCCUUCCAGGAAGAGAACGUGGCCUCUCUCUCGGAAGGCAAGUACCUGGGCUUGGAGGCCGAGGAGAAGCUGGCUGAGUGGGUCCUGACCCAGCGGGAACAGCAGCUGCCAGUCAACGAGGAGAGCCUCUUCCAGAAGGCCACCAAGAUCGGGCGCUCGCUGGAGGGCGGCUUCAAGAUCUCCUACGAGUGGGCAGUCCGCUUCAUGCUCCGGCACAACCUCAGCACGCACAACCGCCGCGCGGUGGCCCAUCCGCUACCUAAAGACCUGGAGGAGAGCGCCAGCAGCUUCAUCGAAUUCGUCCAGCGGCAGAUCCACACCCAGGACCUUCCCCUCUCCAUGAUCGCCGCCGUUGACGAGAUCUCCUUCUUCCUGGACGCGGAGAUUCUGGGCAGUGACGACCGGAAGGAGAACGCCCUGCAGACGGUGGGUGCGGGAGAGCCCUGGUGCGAUGUGGUCCUGGCCGUCCUGGCCGACGGGAGCGUCCUGCCCGCUUUGGUCUUCUCCCGGGGCCGGGCGGUGGUGCAGCAAACGGCCAGCGUGCCAGAGGGCAUCCUCUUAGAAGUGAAGGAAGGCGGCUACAGCGACGACGACCUCAUGGAAGCCUGGGCCACCAUGGUGUGGCAGAAGCAUGUAGAGAGCCAAAACAGCAAGGGCAUGCUGGUGCUGGACUGUCACCGGACUCACCUCUCGGAGGAGGUCCUCUCCCUGCUGAGUACCUCCGGCACCCUUCCGGCCGUGGUCCCGGCCGGCUGCAGCUCCAAAAUCCAGCCCCUGGACGUUUGCAUCAAACGGACCGUGAAAAACUUUGUGCACAAGAAGUGGAGGGAGCAGGCCAAGGAGAUGGCCGACACCGCUUGCGACUCGGACAUCCUGCUCCAGCUGGUCCUGUGCUGGCUAGCCGAGGCCCUCGAGCUCAUCGGCGACUGCCCCGAACUGGUGCAGCAGUCCUUCCUCGUUGCCAGCGUCCUGCCGGGGCCCGACGGCACGGCCAACAGCCCCGGGCGCAACGCCGACAUGCAGGAGGAGCUCAUUGCCUCCCUGGAGGAGCAGCUCAAGCUCGGGCAGGAGCUCCAAGACGAGGAGGAGGGCGACUCCAACGAGGGGCCCCCGGCCGAGGACGGCGCCAACCCCGAGAUCCUGCACCAGCUCUUCGAGGGGGAGAGCGAGACCGAAUCCUUCUACGGCUUCGAGGACGCCGACUUGGAACUCAUGGACAUCUGAGCCCUUCCGGAGAGGGAGUCAGAGAGAGCGGAGUCGGCCUUCCACUCUCCGUUUUUAUUUCUUUUUUCAAAAAUCAUUGUUGGAUGAGACCAUUUUCACCUCCCUGUGGAUAUGUGGGUAUAGGAGAUUCGUAGGUGGACAUGCAGACUAAUAGCCAUUUCCGAUCUUAAUUUUUUUUCUUCUGUGCUUUGUUUUCUUUCUGGUGGUUUUUCCCCUGCCACCACCUUUAUCUCCGAUCACUGUGUUGAUAUUUUCCGAGGAUAUCUUGUGGGUGAAUUUUUUGUUUCCUUUACCUCGCUGUAUUAUAGUUUCUGGGGAUUUUAUUUUAUUUUUGUUGGCGUUGUUUUGUUUUAUAUUGUGCAAAAUGGGUUUUUUAAAUUCUCCGACGUCAUCAUUUUUUAAAAAAGGCAAGGAAGGAACCAGUGUGUAGCUAACAAAAUCUCUUUUUGAUUUGUGGAACAAAAUAUUUUUCCCCCCCUUGGAUCUAGAAUCAUAGUUUUCUGGCACAGUAAACCCGCCCACUUUUUAAAAAGUCUGAAUGAUGACCUUGUGACAGAUUCAAGAGUCACGCAUUGAAAAAUUAAAAAGGAAAGAUAACGGUCAUUGAAGCCCACCAGCAAACGGAAAUUGGGACAAAGUAGUGCUGUUACUUUAAAGAAGGGUUGACCCAAGAGGCUGCUUCGAGGAAAGUUAUUUAGACUGUGAGACAAUUGAGGUGCCUCUUUUUGGGGCAUUCCUUGGAACGGCUGGGAGAAACUGGCAUCUUUUCUUGGUUGUGAACGUGGAUUUUCUUAUGGACUGAUGACUUCACCCUUUUUAAAAAAACACUGUUAUCCCUAGCUUUCUCCGGCAGCCUCAAGAUGACACUAUGUUUCCCCCAAAUCGAGGGCUCCGGUCCAAAUGAAAACGUGAGAGGCACAAAAAAAAACUAGGGUCCUAUCUCCUUUUUCACUGCCAGCUUACAGAGACAAAAAAAUGACAUUUUUUCUACAGUUUGCAUGUUUGAAGUUUUUUUUUUUUCUAAAAAAAAAUGGUAACGUAUUAUGGUCUAAAAUGAUGACGUGAAAAAGGCAACGCGGGGACCUGCUUCUCCUCUUCCCCGGCACCGUUUCCGUUCUUUCCGUUGGGAGGCUUCUCGGGGCCUCUUUCUCUCCCUUUGAAGCCACCCCGAAGCCAACCAGGAUAAAGGGUGGCCUGGCCUGUAAAUGGUUCGUCUUCAGAGUGUACAUAAUGUGGAACAUUGAAUAAAGCCAGGGAAAUGGAUUUAUAAA